AUGGCUGCUGAAAUAAAACCUGCUGCAGGUUCUCAAGAAAAAUUCAAAUCAGCUAAAAAACCUGUUUUGAUUUCGAAAUUAGAAGGUUGCAGUGAUGAUGUAAAUGCCGCAAUUAUAAUACCUGGAGAAGAUGGAGUCAUAAGCGUGAGUGAUGACAGGACGGUAAGAGUAUGGCUAAAAAGAGAUUCCGGUCAAUAUUGGCCAAGUAUAUGUCAUUAUAUGCCUGUCGGUGCCACAUCUUUAGCAUAUAAUUCACAAUCAAAACAAUUGUUUAUAGGAUUAGAAAAUGGAACAAUAUCGGAGUAUAUAUUAGCAGAUGACUAUAAUCAAUUAAUAUUUGCUAAAAAUUAUUCGAAUCAUCAAAAUCAAGUGUCUGCAAUUUAUUUUUGUUUACAAAAUAAAUGGCUUUUGUGUGUUGGGCAUGAUAAAUUUUUUAAUUUUUACUGUACUCAGAAUGCUCAAAGACUAGGAGGACAUCAAGGAGAUGCCUGGUUUACAGCUUUGCAAUUUGUUCCUCAAACGAAGCAUGCUUUCAUUGGAGAUUAUUCAGGUAAUAUAAUUAUGUUAAAAUUAGAUGUAAAAGGCUGUCAAAUGAUCACUACAUUAAAAAGGCACAGCGGAAGCAUUAGAACUUUGGAAUGGAAUUCCGAACAGCAACUCCUUUUCUCCGGAAGUUUUGAUCAUAGUAUAGUCGUUUGGGAUAUCGGAGGACAAAAAGGAACAGCAUAUGAACUUCAGGGACAUCAAAAUAAAGUAACCGCUUUAAAAUAUUCAUCUGAAAAAAAAAUGUUGUUCUCAGGAGGAGAAGAUUCUGUAAUUGUAGCUUGGGAUAUGAACAAACAGAGAAAAGAGAUACCUGAUUGGAAAGAAUCUGAUACUUGUCAAAAGUGCAAUAGGCCAUUUUUUUGGAAUGUACGUGCAAUGAUGGAUCAACGUCAAAUGGGUAUGAGGCAACAUCAUUGUAGGUAUUGUGGUCAAGCUGUAUGUGCAAAAUGUAGUACUGGAAGAUCAAAAAUUCCAAUUAUGGGUUUCGAAUUCGAUGUGAGAGUUUGCGAGCCUUGCAAUUUGAUAUUACGAGACAUGGAUUUAACUUCUUUGGCAAAAUUCAGCGAUGCUAAACAUUCAAUCGUUUAUAUGGAUUUGGAUGAGAGUAGAAAUCGUUUGCUGACGGUCGGACAGGAUAGAUUAAUCAAAAUAUGGGAUAUAUCGAGCGUGACACCGUAA